ACGGUUUCAACGAGUUUUCACCCCUUUUCAUCAUCUAAGUUUCUAGUUGACCUGACAACUUUUUGACAUAGAUGGCUGAUGAGAUUGAAGUAGAGGAUGGGUGGAAUCAGUUGCAAGAAGCUGUAGAAACUGAUGCAAACUAUGAUGAACGUGCACAGAAGAUCAAAUUCAACGAUGAAAUCGACGCGAAAUUUGGAUUCGAGCGCUACACCAGCACUACGGAAAGAGAUGCGUGGUUGAUAAACUUUCAACCUGCUGAACUCAUCGACGAACAUACGAAAGCAAUCAUAUCAGCUGUUGAUUUCUACUUCAUACAAGGAAAUGGAGAGCGAUUCAAGAUAUCGUAUCCAUUCCGUCCCUAUUUCUUCAUCAGUACUAGUGAUGGUGCCGAGCAUCAAGUUGCUUCAUAUCUUACUAAAAAGUAUGGCGGCUUCCUAGUCGUCGAAAUAGUACAGAAGGAAGAUCUCGAUCUAAAAAACCACUUGUCCGGACUGAAAAAGACUUACUUGAAGCUAACAUUUCCUAGCACUAGUGAAUUAGCAAAAGUCAAGAAAGAUCUCACGCCUCAUAUACGCAAGAAUAAGGAGAGAGUCAAGAAAGAGUCACAAUACUGCUCAUACUUGGCAAGAAACAUGGGUGGAUCUAAGUACGAAAUCCAGUCCAAUGAUGUAUUUACGGAGAUCCUUGAUAUCAGAGAACAUGACCUGCCUUACCACAUGCGAGUCGCCAUUGAUGAGAAGUAUUUCGUCGGUAAAUGGUAUACAGUGAAAGGAAUCAGUUCUGACAGGAGACCGAGUAUUAUUGCUCAUCCAAUCCUUAUCGACCCUAUUGAUCCCGUCGUAUUGGCUUUCGAUAUUGAAACAACGAAAUUGCCGCUAAAAUUUCCGGACUCGGCUAGCGACGAAAUUAUGAUGAUUUCAUAUAUGAUUGAUGGCAAAGGCUUCUUAAUCAUUAACCGCGACAUCGUUUCCGCUGAUAUAGAGUCAUUUGAGUACACGCCUAAAGAAGAGUACAAAGGAGUGUUCCGCAUUUUCAAUGAGGCGGACGAGGAAGCAACGAUCAGAAGGUUUUUCCAACACAUCCUCGAGGUCAAGCCAAAUGUGAUUGUAACUUAUAACGGAGACUUCUUCGAUUGGCCUUUUGUCGAAGCAAGAGCUCGCAUCCGCGGUAUAGACAUGGAAGAUGAAAUUGGCUUUGCAAAAGACUCUGCGGAUGAGUACAAAAGCAAAAAUUGUAUACAUAUGGAUGCCUUCAGGUGGGUGAAGCGGGACUCGUAUCUUCCUGUUGGCAGUCAGAAUUUGAAAGCUGUCGCCAAAGCUAAAUUGCGCUACGAUCCCGUCGAAGUGGAUCCAGAAGAAAUGUGUAAAAUGGCAAGGGAAGACCCUCAGAGUCUUGCGAAUUACUCGGUUUCUGAUGCUGUUGCGACCUACUAUCUAUACAUGAAGUAUGUUCAUCCAUUCGUUUUUGCGUUGUGCACCAUUAUUCCGCUUGGACCAGAUGAUGUUCUUCGCAAAGGCUCAGGCACUUUGUGUGAAGCCCUGCUCAUGGUGGAAGCUUUUCACAACAAUAUCAUUUUUCCAAAUAAAUUUACUGGGGAUGGUGAGGCCAAGAUGACGAAGGAUGGACAUCGGGUUGAGUCCGAAACAUAUGUUGGCGGACAUGUUGAGGCUUUAGAAGCAGGUGUUUUUCGCGCUGAUAUUCCGUGCAAGUUUCGACUGUCGCCUGCCGCUUUGAAAACUCUAAGAGACUCUGUCCCUGACACUAUUGAAAAAGAAUUGAUUCGAGAGUUUGGCAUACCACUCGAAAACGUAGUAGACUUUGAGGAGAGGUGUGCCGAGAUUCAAGAAGUGUUUGACCACCUGCUGGCCAUCCCAGCUAGAAUGGAAAAUCCACGAAUCUAUCACUUGGAUGUUGGUGCGAUGUAUCCAAACAUUAUUCUUACUAAUCGGCUUCAACCCAGUGCCAUGAUAAACGAAGAAACAUGCAUGGCUUGCACGUACAACAGGCCAGAUGCUAAAUGCAAACGUGUCAUGAGCUGGGAAUGGAGAGGAGAAUUGACUCCUGCAACGCGUGGAGAGCUGCAACAAAUUAUUCAGCAGCUGGAAGGAGAGACUUUUGGCAAGCCUCCAAAAGCUUUUCAUCAGCUAGAUAAAAAUGAGAGGCAAGCGAUUGAGAAAAAACGAGUGCAAGACUACAGUCGUCGUGUGUACGGAAAAACUCACCUUACCCGUCUUGAAAUGCGACAGACUAUGAUCUGCCAGCGUGAAAAUGCCUUCUAUGUCGACACAGUGAAAGCUUUUCGCGAUAGACGAUACGAAUAUAAAGAGUUACUGAAAAAGGCAAAAACCUCGCUGGAUGAGAUGUCGAGAGAUGAUAUAGCGGGAAUCAAGGCUGCACAAGGUCGUGUGGUACUGUACGAGUCUCUACAACUGGCUCAUAAGUGUAUUUUGAAUUCAUUCUACGGAUAUGUCAUGAGGAAGGGAAGUAGAUGGUUUUCUAUGGAAAUGGCAGGCAUAGUGUGUCACACUGGUGCUAACAUCAUCAUGGAAGCGAGAAAGCUCAUUGAACAGAUUGGAAAACCGCUAGAGUUGGAUACCGAUGGUAUAUGGUGUUUGCUUCCGGCUUCGUUUCCGGAAAACAUCACCUUCAAACUCCAGAAUCAUAAGAAGAAAUCUGUUACUGUAUCCUAUCCUGGAGCGAUGCUAAAUGCUGCUGUAAAUGCUGGAUUUACAAACGAUCAGUACCAUAAUCUCCAACCUGAUGGAUCUUAUACGAUUACCAAAGAAAAUUCGAUCUUUUUCGAGGUUGACGGUCCGUACCAAUGCAUGCUGCUACCAGCAUCCAAAGAAGAAGGCAAGAAACUCAAGAAGAGAUAUGCUGUCUUCAAUCUAGAUGGAUCUCUGGCCGAACUGAAGGGAUUUGAAGUGAAACGUCGAGGAGAGUUGAAUAUCAUCAAGCACUUCCAAUCAUCUGUCUUCAGAGCUUUUCUUCGUGGAAAUACACUUGCUGAGGUCUAUGAGAGCGCUUCCAGAGAAGCCGAUUACUGGCUUGAUGUUCUGUUCUCCAAAGGAGGAGAACUCGCAGAUGCUGAGCUGUUUGAUCUCAUUUCUGAGAACAGAAGCAUGUCAAGAAAGCUGGAAGACUAUGGAGCACAGAAGAGCACCAGUAUUAGUACAGCAAAACGGCUUGCAGAGUUUCUGGGUGCUGAUAUGGUCAAGGACGCAGGUCUUGCUUGCAAGUUCGUUAUCUCUCGACAUCCGUUGGGUACUCCGGUGACUGACAGGGCUGUUCCCAUUGCUAUCUUUUACGCCGAUGAAAAAGUUCGACUUCACUAUCUUAAACAGUGGACAAAGCAACCCUCACUUACUAGCGAAAAGAUCAACAUCAGAGAACUUCUUGACUGGGAUUAUUACAUCGAACGCCUUGGCAGCUGUAUACAGAAAAUCAUCACCAUUCCUGCGGCUUUGCAAGGAUUGCCUAACCCGGUUCCUAGGGUGCCGAACCCGGAUUGGUUGGACAAUAAGAUCAAAAACAGAUUCGAUGCUAUCCGGCAGCCAAGAAUCACAGACCUUUUUCAAAAGCGUCCGCCAGGAGAGAAAAGUCCGGUGACAAAUGAGUACGGCAAGCGGUAUCAUAACAAUCAGGAGCAAGUAGAUGAAGAACCUGUGAGAGAGGAGGACAAGGAAAAUAUGCCAAAGAAACAGAAAGCGCUAGCUACCACAUCUGCGGCUAAUACUGCCAUUGUGAGAAAGACUUUGGCGCAUGAUGGUUUCGAUGAAUGGUUGAGGUAUCUGAAGAAAAAGUGGAGAGUACUGAAAGUGUCCAGUAUGCGAAGUAGAAGAGAAAAAUCAUCUACCAUGGUGGAGCGUAUGAUAUCAAGCACACGUGAAGCGAUGCGUGAUAGAACUUGGCAGAUUUUGUCGAUAGAUGAAACACAAUCACCUGGCAUCUUCAAUCUUUGGGUGGCUUUGGAAGGUAGAAUGGAUAGAUUCCAACUGAGAGUCCCACGUUUAGUGCUGAUCAAUGAGAAGGAGCCGAUAGAAGGCAAGGAGGUGGUGAGGCGAGUACUCCCUCAUCAGAAAAUCGUUCACUACCUCUAUGAGUACUCCAUUACCGGGAAUACUGAACAGAAACUAAUGGAAGAGAUCAAUGUGAAGCUGUGCUGCUCUCGUGUAGAGGGUAUAUACGAAUCGCAAACGCCAUUGAUGUUUCGAGCUCUGACGCAAAUUGGAUGUCUAUGUCGACCUGUAGCUCCACCAAUGGGUGGAGUCUAUUCGCUGGAGACCCUAAAAAUGAUACCUCUAUCCGCCGGACAAACCUCAUAUCUUUCCAACGACUUGAUUCAUACAGUAUUUUUGUACAGAUUUACGCAGGAUACUAGGCAAGUGUGGGCGGUAAUUGAUACCGAAUCCUCCACCGGUUCGUUCUUCAUAGUUCAAAGAGGAGAUCUUACCAUGCCAAACAUGGAUCGAAUUUAUGCUCAGACAUUUUUGGAAGAGAAGGAUCAGUUAGUAUCAAAUGCUAUCCAACCGGCGAUCAAAUUCAAUACUAAGCAUUUUCGCGUAGUGGCUGAAGCUGAGAAGGAGAUCAAUAAGGCCAUUCGUUUGAGUCGAGAAGCGACAGCUAAACCCACAGUCUCGUGCUUGCUAGUCGAUGAAGAACCUAGACUUAUGAUGAAGAGACUUGUAAACCUCAACCUCUUCCCCCAUGUACGCAUCCAUGUUCAAGAACCACACGCUCUGUUGAAUGUUAUGGAGUGGCAACGAGUGGUGGCUAAGCGCAUUUGCAAGCACUAUUUCAACAGUUUUAUCUAUCUCAAAGACUACGCUGACUGGGCGCGAUACCUUCACGUCCCGAUAGGCAGCGUUCCAAGUGAUGCUGGUCUAUUCGGGCUGGAUCUACUGUUUGCCCGACAUCUUCAACGAACCGGUCAUGCACUGUGGGCGUCGGCAGCGAGCAGACCCGAUUUGGGUGGCAAGGAAAUCGACGAUCUUCGUCUCACUUCAGAAUGGAAGCCUUUGACGAAGGAUGAGACUGUGCUGCUAAAUAAUCCUGCAUUCUGCGGAACCGUUUGCGUUGAAUUUGAAUUGGAAGCAGUCGCAGUAACCGCACUGGUACAACGAGGCCGUCUUCUAGAAGCAGAAGGAGCUGACGACACUGUAGCAUUCGAUUCCAGUAUAGCAUUGCCAUCAGAUGCUUUCAGUGGACUUAGAAACACAAUCUCAGCUUUUGAUGAAGGAGCCGCUGUCGAUGCUGCGCUGAAAAUAUUGAAGCAAAUGUUAACGGAUUGUGUGCGCGAUAUCGCCCAAGGCGCAAAUAAACGUGCUGAUGAGGUGGUCAUGUCACUCAGCAGAUGGCUGCAUUCGCCAGAUUCUUUGCUAUUUGACCCAGCUAUCACCAGAAGUGUAAGCAUUUUAGAGAGGAAAUUAGUCCUUCUUUUAGCCGCUGAAUGUGAGCGGUUAGGGGCAAAGAUUAUACAUGCGACACCAACAAAACUGGUAUUAGAUACUGGCAAGCGUGAACAAGAGCAAGGUACCGCGUUCACAGAGCUGCUUCUACAAUCACUUGGACAGAAUCCACUCUUCGCUGCUCUGCACAUGACACCCGCACAUCGGUGGACCACCCUGCUGUGGUAUAACGGAUACAAUCACACAGGUGUCAGCAGUGAGACUGUCGAAAACAACUCUGACAAUGGUGAAACACCGGAAGCAUCUCAAGCCAAAGUUGAGACACUGCAUCAUUGGCGAUUAGCUGAUAAUCUACCGAACGAAGGAGCGGUGCGAGAAGAGUUUCGUAAAAUCAUAGUGGGAUAUGUGACAUUAUACAUGCAGCAGCAAACUAAAGAGGACUUCGAUGAGGAGAAAGCUAUCGCUUUUCGUGAUGAUCUUGUUAGAACUCACAUUGGACAUAGACUGUUCCGAGUUGUUUCAAAGUUGACUGGACAGAGAGUGACACAUUAUUCAGCAGCGUGUUUGGUGAAAGUGAUUUGUACAGCUUUAUCCUGUGAUGCUGCAGUGGAAGACAGCGUGGAUGGUCUACGAGAGAAUUUACAUAGAAUUUUGGACUCUAAAGAAGAACCUCCCACAAAAGAUACUGUCUAUCUGUCAAACGUAUUCUGUAAGAACUGUUCCAUAGCUACAAAUAUCGAUGUUGGCGACGAAUUAUCAUGGAAGUGCAAAGAAUGUGGACAGUCCCUAGUCAAAUCAACUAUUGAUGAGACGAUUGCUGAAAGGCUGAACAAACUGAUGACUGCGUACCUAUUGCAGGAUCAUGUCUGCAGCAAAUGCAAAUCGAUUCGACGAGACAACCUCUCCAAGUAUUGCGAUUGCUCGGGUAAUUUUGUAAAUACUAUUGAAGCUGCUGAACUGAUCAAAGAUGCAAGAGCCGCAGCAGAAGUUGGAGAAAAAUUCGAUCUACCGCUUACUGUUGAGAUGAGUAGUUGGAUAUGUGCGGGAGUUACAGAGAUGUAGUUGAAAACGGGUCCACCAACAUCUUAGACUUAUUUUUCCAAGAAUGGAUUUAUGAUCUCCUUGCCUUACGCUGUUUUCACUUUGUAGGAUAACCUACUUGAUGUUUGUACAUACGUGAGUUUGAUUAUGCAACUGUGAUUUUCUUUACUUUUAUAGAACUGUUUAACCUAAUAAAUGCUAAAAAUCAC